AUGAAACCUAUAUCUGUUGGACUCUUGUUUGCAAUUACGUCCUGUGUCCCUGGAAUAUCUGGUUAUGCGGGCACAUUUGUCGAAAAGCGCGCCGAUGGCCUCGCGGACCCGGCUGGGUUAAGUAAAUAUGGCUUCACCGGCGUAAUUUCAGAUCCUAUACACCGUCCUUCCUACAUCGGCGCCUAUGACCGGCGGAGUCGAAACCCCUAUUGGAUUGCCGAACACAUUACUGCCGAAUCACUCGCAAAGAGCACUGGAGACCCUUCUGCCGCUCAGUAUCACGAAGAUACAACUAUACCCGAGCUGUUCCGCGCUUUGUUGAAGGAUUAUGCCCGUUCAGGUUACGACCAUGGGAAUAUGAUGCCCGUGUCGGAUGGCAGGUGGGAUCAAGAAGCUACGAACGAGAUCUUCACGUUGUCUAACAUGUGCCCACAAGUUGGCAAAGGCUUUAAUCGAGGUUAUUGGGCUGAGUUUGAGAAAUUCUGUCGUGGAUUAACGAAGGUUUACUCCUCCGUGCGAAUCGUCACUGGACCGCUCUAUAUGCCAAUUCAAGAGGGCAGCAAAUGGGUUAUGAAAUAUGAGAUUAUUGGUAAUCCACCAAAUGUUGCGGUCCCAACGCACUUUUUCAAAGUGAUUUUCGCUGAAGGCAAGGGAGAAGCGGUUGCUUUGGGGUCGUUUGUGUUGCCAAAUAAGGCGAUAGAUAAUAGCACUCCGCUGGAGAGUUUCCACACGCCUUUGGAAGCCAUCGAAAAGGCCAGUGGAUUGGUGUUUGCAUCGGAUCUUGAGCGAAAUCAAGGGCAUGUCAAACCCCUUUGUAGCGAAGUGGAAUGUAAGAUAGGUGGCUAG